AUGUCUGAGCCAGUCGAGCCAUCGGAAUGGCUGCCAGACUGGCUGUUCAAUUUGGUGGCUGGAUCAACAAGACCGGGCAUGUUGUUGACACCCUCAACAAAUGACCAGUCAGAUGGGCCUCUUCCAGCACCCUCUCAACAGCAAAAUAGUCAGAUCGCCUCAAAGGACUCUGUCGGGGCAAUUCAACCGUCUCCGGCAGAUUUGGAGUCUGCCCAUAUCUUUGAGUACCGCGAGGAAACGGUUCUCCACGUAAAACCCAGUGUGGACAGACGCGUCGAGAGAACCUUGAAAGGGAUCCAUCUGUUUAUGAUUACAGUCAAUGCAACGCUCGGAACAGGACUUUACUGGCGUGGCGGACAAAUUCUCGAAUUAGCUGGUCCCGUGGCGGUUCUUGUAUCUUUCUUCGCUGUUGGACUGCUAGCAUGGGCAGUCAUGCAAUGCAUUACUGAGAUGCUAUGCAUUUGGCCAAUCCCCGGUGCUCUCUCGGUAUAUGUGAGCCAGUUUGUGGAUGAAGAGCUGGGCAUUGCUGUUGGUAUCACUUACUGGUUCACUUACUCUCUUUCGUUCUCUACGUUGAUUGCAACUUCAGCUGCAGAGUUCAAUUAUUGGCGUGGAAUCAAUGAAAAUCUGACUAUCCAAGGUCUCGUCAUAUACUUCUUGAUACCAUUCAUACUGGUUCUUAUAAAUACACUGCGUAUCAAGCAAUAUGGGCUGCUGGAGGUAGUUACAGGCAGUAUGAAAAUAUUUUUUCUUGUUUUCAUCAUCAUAGCACUCAUCACGAUUAAUCUUGGGGCGGGCUCAAAGGAGAGCAUUCACAUUGGCUCGGAAAACUGGGCCUCGCCUACCGACUUUGAUGGGGAUGCAGCACAUGAUUGGACAACAGCCCUCCUAAUGAGUGUUUCCAUUGCAACAUUUGCAUAUGUCGGGGUGGAAGUUGUUUCCUCGUCUGUGCUUGAAGCAGCAAAGUCACCAAGUCAUUCCAAGGACGGAGGCAAUCCAUUCAAAUUCUCUGCUAUCUGGAUUCCAGUAUUUGCGACAGGUGCAUACUGUCUCAGUGGAACCCUUGGCACAUUGGAUAUUGAGCGAAAGGAUCCUCAGCUUCCUCGACUGAGCUGGCUUCCACAAAAUCCAGGCCAAGAUGACCACUUCUCAAGUCGCGCUGCCUUUGUUGUGAUUGCUUUGGCUUCUAAAAUCCCAGGUUUGGCUGAUACCUUCAAUGCCUUCCUGGUGUUUACUUGUAUUUCCUGUGCAACCACCAAUCUCUAUAUUGCCUCACGCGCACUGUUUGGUUUAACCAGUCGGUUGGAAGGUGGUGAGGGCCAGCGGUGGUACAUACGUUUCCUUGCUUCGUUUGGGAAAACGGACAGUCGUAAGGUUCCCGUGCGAGCCAUUAUAUUCUCUGCAGUUGCAUUCUGGUGGGUUCCUUUUCUACAACUUAUUGGUGGUACUUCCAGCCCUCGGUCCUCUGUCAAUACUUUUAUUGAAGUUCUGGCUCAAAUGGCAUCUGUGGGUGUUUUGCAAGUUUGGGCUUGCGAGUGUUGGGCCUUUAUUCGCUUCUAUCGAAGCAUCUAUCAACAUCGCGAAUAUCUCGAGCGUGAAAACAUUGCUCUGAUCCAGCGUUGGAGCAUCAAAAAUAAUUCCGACUAUCCUUAUCGCGGUUAUGGACAACCCAUUCUUGCAUACCUAGCACUGUUUGGGUGUAUGUUUAUUUUGCUGAUGGCUAAUGGGGCUGCCUUGUGGAAUGGGUUCCACCUUCUACCUUUCCUUGCCUCAUACCUGACUGUCAUUGUCUUUCUUGGAACAUGGAUUCUAUUGAAGAUUGCCCGGUCGGCGCCAUGGGCUUUGGUUGAGCUUUCAAAGCCUAAAGUAGUCGCAGAUAUUUUGAAGCACCUGCAUGACAUUCGUCUCGGUGUGACUGAUUCCAAUGAGGACAUUUUGGAAACAUGA